AAAAAUGACGACAUAUUUCAGCACUCUUUGCCAAGUCCCCGGUGGUCAGAACCGUCAAGAACCCGCCAGCAAACACUAAACUCAGCCCUCAUGAGGAUGCCGUUUCAAGCGGCCUAGCGACCACAACGCAACUGAAUCCUCGCAGGAAGCUGCGGCUGGCAAGGUCGAGUGAGACAUGGUGGGACUGCCGUAUCGGCUACAAAAGACAGAGCUAUUUACUGAUUUCUGAAGCACACCUUUUCGCUUUUUUAUCGUGCCGAACUUCUGCGAAGUUGUGUAAAGGCAGGAGCGCAUUCCAACGGCGAUACCGUUGGUUCGCCUGAUGAUUGCCACGACCCUUGAGGCCGUUGAGUCCUGACGAGCUGUGGAAGAAUUCUGGCAGUGUGUCUUUGUGCCGUCUCAGUUUCGCUCGCAUGAUAUGCUGUUGUCUUCUCGCAGAAAGUGGGCUUCUAAAAUUCGACGUCUUUUUGAGGCAGCAAAUUCCGGUGACACUGUCGAACGCUUUGCCGAGCCUAAGAAGUCACACCCGUUUUUAGUAGCGUAACGGCCGUCAACCGUUGCAGCCCCUUCCUCGCGGUCCUCCCUUAAACGAACAUGGCACGCGUUCUUCCUUGUGUUUUCCUUGUUGCUUAUUUAUCAUGUUUUUUACUAGCCGGAGAGCUUACACACACGACAGCCCUUAGUGUGGCUCCAAAGGCGCAGCUAUUCUCCACCGAUGAGGGCCCCGUGUCGGAGUCGGCUUCAAAGCUGGAUGCGGAGCUUGAGGAGAAGGCGAUUCAAGAAGCCAAAGAAGCUCAAGAAGAUGAAGUGGACGACAUCCCGACAGACCGUAACGCCCCACCCACGAACGGCGAUCCCACCGAUCAGCCAGAUGUACAACUCAACGCUGUUGAUAUUGACGGGUUUCCUACCCCAGAGGUCCCCCUCCCCGUCGAGUUAGACGCUGAAAAGUUACAGGAAGACGAGUUCAACCGAGAAGAAGAGGCAGACAAUACUGUUCCCAACAUUCUUGUCGGUCCGGCUCAAACCCCCGAACCCGUCGCCAUUCCCGUUACGUCCCUGCUGGCUCCUGCACCGGGGACUGUCACCACGGCCUCUCCACAGGAGGGAGUUGAAGCAAAGGAAGAGCCCCCGGCAGCCACAGGUGUCCCCUCUGCCCCCUCAUCACCAGCUAGAAGACGUGCCUUCUUCCGUUCCCGAGGGACAAGGACGAUUACUGUGAACGUGAGGCACUUCUUUCCUAACGGUGUGCCAAUCGUCGUUGUACGCCCUCAGCGGCGUAGUUUUCUCUUGAGGCGGUUCUGAAGGAUCCCAAUAAAAUGACACGUAUUUACGAGUCGGCUAUUCUGAAUGCCUAAGUCAACAAGAAGGUGCAGCAAGAACCUAGAAGAGACGAACUUCAGUUGGAGGGGCAACAUUUUUUUCCACCUUCCUCGUCCCGCCCCGGUGAAAACCAGCCUUCAGCAGUGAGCUGCCACGUCCUGUGCUGCAGCGAAAGCAAACGUAACUGUUGCCGCCAAGCAAUGUUUUUUUUUCUCCUGAGUAAUGCGUGUUCAUUUCUACUGCCCCAUCGUGCUCAUUCACACAACUCGAACACUUUGUGUGCCCAUUUACAAUCGGCUUCAUUUUC